AUGGCAGCGCCGCCAUCCGAAACACCUUCUCGCAUCGUCCGGCGCACUUCUCUCUCGACCUCCAAACCUCGGACUGGCUCCGUUUCGACCGUGACCCCGCUCUCUGUUUCAACGAACUCCCGCGCAGGCAACAUCAGUCGCACGAACUCUACUGGUCCCACGAGCUUUAAUGCUGCGAAUAAGCUCAGUCUCGAUACCAAGGCUGGCAGUGUAAGCGGCGCGCGCUCGCCGAGCGUCAGUGUCGCGAACAGGCGGCUGAGCGCGAUUCCCACCGCUGGAUCGACGACCGGCUCGCGCUCGCCUAACAAGCGCAUGUCCAUGCCCACAGGCGUAGGAUCACCCUCUCCCGCACCACGCAUCUCGUCAUCAGCUUCGACGGCAUCCGCUUCACUAUCGAGUAAUAGGCGGCACACCCUCCUCGUGCCUUCUCGCUCGAACUCGAACUCUACCUCGAACUCGCUCUCUACUUCUUCCACGGCGUCUUCGGCAUCUUCGCUGCGCUCGGCAUUCUCUAUGAGGGAUCUGGAGAGGGAGAGGGAGGAGGAUAUUGAGCCGCCCAGUCCCGUUACGGCUGUGCCCAUUGCGCCGGCCACACCCCGCGCACGCGUUCGGUCACUCGGUCCUAUGGCUUCGCCUUCGAACCCUCUCGGCAUCAAGGGCAGCCCGUCGACUACCGCAAAGGUCAAGGGCAGUCCUGCAGCUGGCAAGGGCAGUCCGGCUGCCGCGAAGGGCAGUCCAGCUGCGAAGAAUAUGCCCAGUGGCCCGAGCUUUAAGCUCACGACGCCCUCGCCUCAAGCCAAGAAGCGCGCCAGCACCUCCCCAUCAGUAGUCGCACAUGCUUCCCCCGGUCAGAACGCUACGCCGCGCAAGUCCAGCGCCGGCUCUAUCGGUGUAGGUGCUUCACCGCAUAAGACACCUGGCAGCGGGCGGAAGAGCAAAGGCAGCGGCGCGAGUGUAAUUGCGUUCCCUGGCGAAGAGGACGCGGAUAUGACCAUGACGCUUGGGAGUAGCGUCAUGAGUGGGAUGGAUGGGAGCAUUUGGGAUGGUGGAGAGGAUGAUGGGAUGACGCUUGAGAUGGUUACCGAGGAAGGCGAGGGCGGCGUUGACGAGGAGUUCCAAGCUGCGCUCGAUGAGCUCGCAGACCAACACGCUCGAGCUUUACAGCGCUAUCGACGUCUACUUGAGCGGACCCAGGCGAGCAGCGCUGCUCAACUCCACGCGAUGCAAGCCGAGAUACGCCUUCUCCGCGCCCAAGCCGACCCAUCCAGCAACACUCAACAAAUCGGUUCAGGCGAUGAGUGGUGUACAUGCGGCGGGAAGAAGCGUGGCGGUUACUGGGGCGGGUAUGCAGGCGAUGGCGAGGAAGGCGGCGAGGGCACCGAUCUAUUGACAGCGCUGAGAGGACGCGAUGGGGAGUUCGAUGAGUACGCCGUCCGACGCGCCGUGCGUGGACUCAGCCGCGAAGAACGUAUGAGGCUCAUGGCAAUUAUUCUUGACUCUGCGCUUCCGGGCGAUAUCCGCCUCCAAAUCCUCCUCCUCGAGAAGUACGCCAAGAGCACAUUCGACAUCAUCGGCUCGCUCGCACCACCAUUGGCCUUCGGUGUACUCAAAUGGCUCAACGUGCGCGAGCUCUUGGCCGUCGAAACGGUGUCGAAGAAGUGGCAACAAGCAGUACACAUGCCUGCGCUCUGGCGCGCCCAUUGUCUACGCAUAACCGCGUCGGAUCCCGUCCCUGUUCGUGCGCCGAAGACGCCUGAGGGCUGGGAACCGCUGUACCGCAGCUUGCACCAUCGUGAAGCCAACUUCCUCCACGCUCUCCCGCAGAACAUCCGAUUCCUACCUGGCCAUACGAACUUUGUCACUACACUACUUCUGCGUGGCAAGAGGCUUAUCAGUGGUAGCUAUGACGAGUCUAUCCGGUUCUGGGACGUCACAACGGGCCAAUGCACGCGCGUGUUGCAGGUCAAGAAGCCUGUGUCGUGCGUAGACUUCUUGGCCGAGGAAGAAGUGUUUGUUGUCGGGUUCCACGACGUUGGACGCGUGCACCUAUUCUCAUCUCUCACCUUCGCACCGCUGCAGCAGCUCGCGGGUCAUCUCAAUGGUAUCCGUGCCGUCGCACUCUCUUCGACAAACCUCGUGUCAGCUGGUGCGGACAAGGCGCUCGUAUGCUGGGAUUGGAGGGCGGGGAGCAAGAUCGUGCGGUUUGGGCAGCAGACCACGGUCAGCAUCGGUGUGCAACUCGUCAAGAGCGGCGGCGAGGAGGGCGAGCGCGUUGUCAGUGUCACCAUUGACGGCGUCGUGCGCGUAUUCAGCAUUAAGCGCCGCGAGAUGAUCAGCCAGUUCAAGCUCUCUGAGCUCGGCGGGUCUGAUCCGAUCGUCAAUGCGCGCCUAUUCAACGUGGGACGGGCGCCUAACGACAUGCUGCAAUGGUUCGCCGCGCGUGGAAGCGUCAUGACGUGUGCGACGAAGUCCGUCAUUCUGCACCUGCAAUGGACCGAAGCCGAGGAGUCGACCCCCACUACAGCGACCUCCCCUCCGCCAUCAGCAUUCGGCGCCUCUACAUCCAUCCGCCCACGCACGCUCUCUGCGCUCUCACGCAGCACAUCUUCAAUGAGCACACCCUCGCGCAAAUCCAUAACACCGAGCUCACUCUCCCCAUCUCCCGGUCCACUCCCCUCGCCACCCAUCUCGACGCGGCCAGGCGCCGGCGGCCCGCGCCGGUCCGCACUCAACCUGUCAACCUCCUCGCGCGCAAGUAUGGGCGGCCCGCAAAGUCCUAGUGCAAACCCGCCGCCGAGCGCGAGUUUGGGGCUGAGAGCGGCGGUGUUGACUGCGCCACCGAAAUUGGUUGCUGUUGUUGAGACACCCGAUGUCGCUAUUGGCGCUGUGGAUGCGAGCAAGAGGAGGGUCGUUACCGCUACGAGGUUUAGUUCGCGCGCGGGCGCCGACCGCCGGAUGUUCAUGUCGACUCACCGCGACCGCGAACCUCUGCGCCAAGCCGAAGACUCCGAUUCAGACGACGAAACGAGCAGCGGCGGGACCAACUCCGACAAGAAACUUCUCAGCGAGCCCGUCGCGCUCGACACUGAGAUCCGCGCACUCGGCGGCGCAUGGCGCGUGCUCGCGCCAGGACCGGGCGCCGCGAACAGCAUGAAGGGUUUGAUGAGCGGAUUGCCGAAUAAGUUCGCGGGGCUGGCGACGCCGGAGAAGAAUCCGAUGAGCAUGCAGCUUACGCAUGAAGAGGUUGUCGUUGGGUGUGCGGAUGGGACCAUAUACGUCAUGAGCUUUGUCGGGUACGAGUACCCGCUGUGCGAUGAACCGGAGCCGGAGCCCGUCUUCGCUGAGGUGUGA